GACCCGAUCCACCGAACACUAACCACGGUUACACGGUUUUCGCCAAUUCCGUUAACACUCCGCGUCCAAGUCCGAGACAUUCGUAGUUUUCCGCACCGCACUCGAGUUCUCCCCGUCGUGAUUUUCGCCACGUGCGUUCGGUUUAAAGGGGGGCGCCUCUAUUUUUUUUUUUUUUUUAAAUAACAACAAUGAAAUAGUUUUCGUGUGAAAUUAGUAUUUUAUUUUUUUCGCACACCCAAGGAUACGCGUCCAGAGCACCGGCCCACAAACAGGAUAGAACGCGGAAUACUACCCAUUACCAAGUAAAUGUGACGCGGGACUAUUAGAACUUCCAUCAACCGCAUCGAACCAGAGACUUCGAGAUAGCUGGUUCCUCAGAUCACGAUCUACGAGAAGAAAAAAAGAUUCAAAAUCACAAAUUAUUUGCUACAAAGAAUCGUGAAACGUGUUAUUAACUAAUUACUGUAUCGAUAAUCAAUCGGAAAGAUAAAAUGCGACCUUUGUAGGUGGUUUACAGGCAGUGAUGCUGUUUUUCGCAUUUAUUGUCUGUGCAAUAGCUGUCAACAAUGUUUCAUCGAAAAUAGGAUACUUUUGGCACAUUACCGACAUACACUAUGACGCGAAUUACGUAGCGGCGAAUGAUUAUACGCGAAGUUGCAAGCGGUCUGCAAUCGAUCAGCAAGUGUUGGACAUGGAACGGCCCAGCCUAACGACCGGUAGCGGUAGGCUGGGUGACUACGGAUGUGACUCGCCGUGGACUCUGAUCCAGUCAGCCCUGAAGGCGAUGAAAGAGAAGCACGGAGACAACAUCGAGUUUGUGCUGUGGUCAGGAGACUCCGUAUCAUCAGACGUCGAGGAUUCGGCCGCCCGCGUUAUGGCCAUUCAAAACGUCACUAAUCUGCUCAUCCACACGUUCAGCAGCCAGUUCGUGUUUCCGGUGCUGGGUCACGACGACCCCGGGGCCCUCAAAGGACAGAUGAUCGGCUACACUGAGCUGGGAAACUAUUGGAGGCAAUGGUUGCCGACGGAUGCUAUACAGACGUUUAACAAAGGAGGAUAUUACACGAUUGAGCAAAAGGGAAACAAACUUAGAAUAAUCGCGCUCAAUUCAAAUGCAUUUUCCACAUUGAAAGGCCAUCAAAAUGUCAACCCCGAUGAACAACUUGAAUGGCUGGAAAAAAUCUUAAAUAAAUCUGUAAAAAACAAAGAAACAGUGUACCUGGUGAGUCACAUGUGUCCGGGAGCAAACGAGAGAGACCACGACGAGGCGCCUACGUUUCACGACAAAUACAGUGUGAAAUACCUGUUAAUGAUCCGGAGGUUUGCGAACAUUAUUGUUGGUCAAUUCUGCGGUCACCUGCACUCCGACACGUUUCGUAUCGUCUACGAUCAAAACAAGAAACCGGUGUCAUGGAUGAUGAUCGCACCGUCGUUAUCGCCUAACAAGUCUCCCGGCGUGUCCAACAACCCAGGUUUGAGACUAUACAAGUUCAACACAAACACGGGACACAUUUUAGACUACACGCAGUACUACAUCGAUCUAGAAUCAUCAACCAACGGCGAUCCAGACGAGUGGAGGAUCGAGUACAACUUGACACAUUACUACGGACUACACGAAAUUACGCCCAAGUCUCUGCACAUGAUAGCGGAAACGUUCCAGGAAGAAGAUUCGCCACAGUUCGACAGAUACAUUGCGGCCAACUCAGUGCGGCAGUACAAGCCCAAGGAUUGCAACCUGGAGUGUAGGAGAGCACAGUACUGCGCGGUCACCGAGCUCGACUACGGUAGGUUCCACAGCUGCGUGGAAACGGCCGCGGAGGCUCUGUCCGGGUCGGCAGGACCACCUUGCGGUGACGCGCUUCUCGCCGCGACCUUUGUUCUGCUGAUCGCGUUGACCCAACGCUACUACUACCACUAACCAGCCGUCGCCGCAGCCGCCGACAACUGCCCACCACCGGAGAAGGACGAAAACGAAAAAAAAAAAAUGUCCUUGAAAAAACGAUCGACAGCCUAUCGCCGUCGCCGUCGUAAUUUUCUUCUAUAAAUUCACAUGCCUACGUAAUACGUGUGUACAUAAAUAUAUUCACAUUUUAGCUUUAUGUAUUAUAGUUUAUAAUGUAACAUGAACGCCCUCUGUACGUGUACAUACGAAGAACGAAAAAGAAAAGAUAUUUUUUUUUU